AUGACGCGAUUCAUGCUCAGCAACAACUAUUUUAGGCCAAAUCACCAGAAAGGGUUUUUACCCGGGAUUUCUGGAUGCCUAGAACACAACACCUUGCUGUCGGAGAGUUUGAAAGAUGCUAGGAAAAGCGAGCGGCAAAUCACUGUUUGUUGGAUAGACUUGGAGAACGCGUUCGGGUCGAUACAACACGAAUUGAUGCUAUUCGCGCUCAGAUGGUACAACUUUCCACCCCUAGUUAGAGAUAUGAUCGCGUCGUAUUACUCAAAAUUAAGGUUUUCUAUAAUAACUAAAGAAGGCCCUUCAAAAGGUUUGAGUUAUAAUGUAGGACUGUUUCAAGGUUGUUGUCUAUCUCCAAUUACGUUUAAUAUCGUUAUUAACAUCUUAGUAGACAAAUUAAUCUGUAACGAGAAAAAAUGGGGUUAUCGGUUUAAGUUUAAUAAUAAAUACACGGAAUCCAUUUUAGCCUUCGCUGACGAUCUCGCAAUACUGACACGUAACCCCAAACACUGUCAAGUACUAUUGGAUGAAGUGGAUAAAUUCUGUAAGUGGACGGAUGGAUUGAGGACAAAACCCAGUAAAUGUCAUUGUCUGUGUCUUGGUAGGCGGAAUACAAGAUACACCUCAUACGAUCCGGGACUAUCGUUAGGCGGUCAAUGCAUUUCUACGGUUACGGAAAAUGCACCAUUUAAAUUUCUCGGUCGUAAGAUUGAUAAUAUAGGCUGUACUCCAUCUUUAGAAGGAAUAGUAGAUAGCUUCUUGAACGAUCUUAACAAGUUAGAUGCAGGCGUCAUAAAGAUGUUGAAGUUGUGGCUCGGGCUCGCUCUAACGGCUGAUUCAUCGGCGUUAUUUAGGGGAAGCAAUAGUUUUGGGAUGAGUCUAAAAAGGCCAUCGGAGCUCUAUAAACACCUAAGAGUUUCCAAGAGAUAUAUCCUGGGGAAAUCCCAUGAUGACAUAGUGACAUCGCUCCCAAAAGAUGAAGAUGCCCCCGAGCUAGAGUCACGACUUCAAUUCAAUUCCAUAAGCAAUUUAUGA